AACAAGGGAAGGGAAAGGGACGCAGCAGCAGCCCACAACACACAGAGUCCUAAAACAAACGAUCAAACAGUCUUCUCUUCUCUUUCCCCUUCCUUCCUUCCACAAAUCAAUAAAAACCCCUCCCCAUUUCUCUCCCAAACACCAUUCCCUCUCUUCCCCAUCUUCGAAUACCUCUCCUCUGCGGCAAUCUCUCAUUUACUUGACUUUCUCCACCCACCCAACUGUCUAUACAAAUCUUCCACUCCCCACCAGCUCCCAUUUCCCCCAAAACCUAUUCCUCCCUCGAUCAAACAAGACCCAAGAUCCCUUUCCGGUUAUAACAGGGUGGGGUCGUCGUUUUCGUGGGAGGCUCGGUUCGGGCCCGGAAAUGGCAACUGGGUGGUCUUUCUUGGUGCUUCGUUUGUUGCCAGUUCUAGCGCUGCUUUUUGGAUCGCGCAUCCACGAAGCGACGGCGUUUCGAGGGGUGGUAGCCAGGACGACGCAGGGGCCGGGGGAGAAGCAGCAACAAGUGGAGCUACAGAAAUGGCCCAAGCAUAGGAACGCGUAUGCGACGAUGAUGUACAUGGGGACUCCCCGAGACUACGAGUUCUACGUCGCUACUCGAGUUCUGCUCAGAUCCCUCGCUGCUCUCCGGGUUGAUGCCGAUCUCGUCGUCAUUGCCUCCCUCGACGUCCCUCUGCGCUGGGUCCGGGCCAUGGAACUUGAGGACGGAGCAAGAGUUGUAAGAGUGGAGAACGUGAACAACCCAUACAAGGACCAAAAGAACUUCGACAAGAGAUUCAAGCUUACACUAAACAAGCUCUACGCAUGGAGCCUGGUGGACUACGACCGUGUAGUCAUGCUGGACGCCGACAACAUGUUCCUCCGCAACUCCGACGAGCUGUUCCAGUGCGGCCAGUUCUGCGCGGUUUUCAUCAACCCCUGCAUCUUCCACACGGGUCUCUUCGUCUUGCAGCCAUCGGAUGUAAUUUUCAAAGACAUGCUUCAUCAGGUGGACGUGGGGAAAGAUAACCCUGAUGGGGCAGACCAAGGCUUCAUCGGCGGAUACUUCCCUGACUUGCUGGACAAGCCACUGUUCCACCCUCCUGCCAAUGGGUCAGCCGUCAAUGGGUCGUAUAGGCUUCCUCUUGGUUAUCAAAUGGACGCCUCUUACUACUAUCUCAGAUUGAGGUGGAACGUCCCAUGCGGGCCUAACAGCGUCAUUACUUUCCCUGGUGCGCCAUGGUUGAAGCCAUGGUACUGGUGGUCGUGGCCCGUUCUGCCUCUAGGCAUUCAGUGGCACGAGCAGCGCCGUCAGCAUCUUGGAUACGGACCAGAGAUGCCAAUGGUGGUGAUCCAAUCUAUCCUCUACCUUGGCAUAAUAGCAGUCACCCGUCUCGCAAGGCCAAGCCUGACCAAGCUAUGCAACCGCAGAACCGGCGACAGAAACAUCUCUCUACUCCAAUCCACCCUCAAGCUCAUCUCUUUGUGGGCGAUCCUCGCAGCCUACAUAGUCCCAUUCUUCAUCAUCCCCUGCACUCUUCACCCAGUGCUAGGAUGGUCUCUCUACUUGCUGGGAACAUUCGCUCUCUGCUCCAUCGCCAUCAACGCCUUCAUGCUGCCGACGCUCCACGUCCUGAUGCCGUGGAUGGGGAUCUCGGGGGUCCUGUUGGUGAUGGCGUUCCCUUACUACCCAGAUGGUGUCGUCAGAGCUCUGUCAGUUUUCGGGUACGCCUUCUGCGCCGCGCCUUUGCUCUGGGUUUCGUUGAGUAAGGUCAUGGGUAGCCUCCAUCUCUCGCUUGAGAGGGAAGCUCUGUUUACUAAGCUCGGGGAGUCUUCUUCCCCGCCUUCAGGGUUGAAUAAGCUUUGUUAAAGAGGACGGGUUCGUCAUACUUGUUCUGAACUCGCCUCUGCAAUUCUUUGAUUGCUGUCGGGGGGACUUGCGAAAAGCUAAUUACGUACUGGGAGAUGAUAGUAGUGUUAUUCAUAGAGGGAGGAGACUACGUUUCUCGUGUAAUACCGUUCUUUGUAAAGCUCUGCCUGGUUUUGUAACGACUGUUGUUGUUUAUCAUCACUGUUGUAACUUCAUUCUAUAGUGGUAGAAAAAAGGGAAGGAGUGGCUGAUUGCAGACACUUGUCGUUUUUUUUCUUCUUCCUUUCUUUGCUUGUGUACAGUCUCAUUCUUAUACAUUUGUACAUUUAUAAACUGAAAUAAGCAAA